AAAUUGGGAUUAGAAAAUAGUUGAGGAAACAAGUGUUAAUAAAUGAAUAUGGCCAUGGAAACACACACAGGAGAUCAGUUACAAGUUAAUUACAAGAAAGUUCCUUCUGUCCAGGAAAUGGCUAAGACGAAACUCGUGACCAUUCCAUCGCGAUACAUACGUGAUAAUCAGGACCCUUCAAUUGCAUCAUCAAAUUAUAAAGAAGUUCCAGUAAUUGAUAUGCAACGAUUAAUCAAUGACUCCAUGAAUCUCGAGCUUAACAAGUUGCACUUUGCAGCCAAAGAAUGGGGUUUCUUUCAGUUGAUUAAUCACGGAGUUAAUUUUUCGAUGAUGGAGAAGAUGAAAGACGAGAUUAAAAAAUUAUUCAAUCUUCCAUUGGAAGAGAAGAAGAAAUUUGAACAAUCGUCAGGGGAAUUAGAAGGAUUUGGACAGCUGUUCAUUGUCUCUGAUGAACAAAAGCUUGACUGGGCUGACCUCUUUUUCUUGAAAAUAGCACCGAUAUACUUACGGAGGCCUAUAUUUUCCAAGCUUCCCCUUUCGCUUAGAGAGACAAUUGAAGAAUACUCAAAAGAAGUGAAUGAGCUAAGCAUGAAAGUUUUGGAAAUGUUGGGUAAAACUUUGGGGAUUGAUGAAGAGGAAGUGAAGAGUGUUUUUGAAGAAGGAAUGCAAUCAAUGAGGAUGAAUUAUUAUCCGCCGUGUCCACAACCAGAAAAAGUGAUGGGACUUUGCCCUCACUCAGAUUCCUCUGGUUUAACAAUCCUUCUUCAAGUCAAUGAAAUUGAAGGUCUUCAAAUUAAAAAAGACGAAAUUUGGAUUCCCAUUUUGCCCCUUCCUAAUGCCUUUGUAGUCAAUGUUGGAGAUGCUUUGGAGAUUUUCUCAAAUGGUAUUUACAAGAGUAUAGAGCAUAGAUCAAUGGUAAACUCAGAAAGAGAAAGACUGUCAGUAGCAACAUUUCAAAAUCCAAGAUUAGAUGGUGAAUUAGGUCCAGCUAAUAGCCUUAUUAAUGCUCAUAAUCCACCAAAAUUCAAAAAAAUUGGAGUCACUGAAUUUUAUAAAGGAUAUGUCACACGUGAACUUGUUGGGAAAUCAUACGUGGACACCAUUAAAAUUAAUUAGUAGUUGAAUUAAUUGUACGUAAGUUAAUCCUAUCAUUAUGAAAGGAUUAAAACAAAAUAAACAUCCCUUGAUAUAAU